AUGGACUUGACCGACGGCUUGUACGAUGCUAGGUCGACAGCAGACAGUACGCCGACACCGGAUAGGCAGCAAGAUCAGCAGGCGAGCACAGGCGUCGUCAAUCUCGACGAGGAGCUCAAGAAUCUCGCCGUCGGCCUGGGUAGCGUCGGACAGAGCUUGGGCAGCUUUUGGGGUUCCUUCAAGAAACAGGGUGCGGCGGCGUACGAGGCAACUCAGCGAGAGCUCAAUCAGCGGACCGAGGCCGCGCGCAAAGAUCUGACGCCGCUCAUCAGCAAGGCCCGAGAAGAGCUCGGCAAGAUUGGCGAGCAGGCUUUGGCAACUGCUUCCGCUGGACAGGCUUCAUCCAAUGAAGACAAGGACGAUGACACGCGUACACAAACAGACGAUGGCUCGCCGGGCGAGCAGCUCGCGACACCGGUGUCCAAGGGCAAGGAGCGAGAGCUAGACGCCGUCGGGCCUGUACCAGCUAUCGCGCAGGAGGACGCAAGCUUCACCUAUUCCACUCUUGAUGGCGUCAUCAUCUCGACACGGCCAGAAGCGAACGCGACCGCGCCCGAACUCGACCUCGCGCCUGCAAUUGCGAGCACUCAAAAGUUCUUCGCCAGUAUCCAAGCUCAGAUCCAGGCCAACUCCAACGUAGCAGCCAUCUCAAAAGCUGUGCCCAAUCUGACGCAGCUACAAGCCCAACUCGAAAAGCUGCCCUUGCAAGUUCAGGAACAGCUCCAUAAGCUCCCGAUCGAGAACUCCACCAAGAUUGCCGAGGGCUACUUGCAAAAAGGUGAAGCUUACUUCACAAAGGCAGGCAAGGAGAUCGGCGAUUUGCUCAAAGACGCCGUCAAGGUUGUCCCGCCGUCCGAAGCAGAUCAGCGCGCUGCUCGCGAAGCCGCCUGGCAAUCAAAGGGCGGUAUGGUCGCGGCGCGUACAGACUCCUUGCUUCAUCGACUGCGCAGCGAUCCCAACGUGUUUCUCGUCGACCCAGCACAGCCCGCUGUUUCCAUACAGGUCACUGAUACGGCCGGCCAGCAUGCGGCGCCUGCUGCUGAUUCUGCGGCCCGUCAGCGAGAAGCUACUAGCUCAGAGAGCCGGAUGCUCUAUGCCAGGUUCUUACAAGAGCUAGAAGACAAGGGCGGCUUCGAGAGUUCCUUCUGGAAGGAUCAGAUCGCCGCAGAGCUUGCGCGGCCGAGAGGCGAGGGUGCGCUGCUGCAAGGCUCCUUCGAGGCAGUCGUUCCGUCCAGGAUCACCGCAGAGGCAUUCUGGGCGCGCUACUUCUUUCGAGUUCGUCAGAUCGAGGUUGAUGAGGCCAAGCGCAAGCAAGUGCUUGCAGACGCCAAAUCGCAAGAGGAGGAAGACUUUAGCUGGGACAACGACGAAGACGAAGAUGCCGAAGCUGCGGCACCGGCAACUACUGCGAAGCCUGCUGUUCCUGCGCAUCAAGAUAGCAAUGUAUCAGCAGGCCAAGCAAGCUCGGCCUCGGACGACGAAAGCUGGGGCGCCGAGUCGCCUUCUCAAGAGCGAGCGCCAGACGUACUACCGCUGAAACCUAGUGCGAUACGAGCCAUCGCGUCGCGGGAGUCAAGCGAAGAAGGCAGCAGCACUUACGACAUUGUAUCGAGGACGAGCGGUCAGGUCUCUGCCAAUGAGGACACAAGAGCCGUACCUGCAAAGACGGAGGACGACGAAGACUCGGACUGGGAGUAA